CACCUGGGAGCUCUAUACCACUUACGCUAUUAGGACAUUUCGAAGACUGCGUAAGAAGAAGGGAAGGCGGCUAACUGCAACUUGACAGUGUAUCUGCUGAGUCUUUAAAGCUGGUUACAUCUGUAAAAUUGAAUAUGUAUUUUGGGGACGAGAACGGGCAGUUUCAAAGUGGCCCCCCUGGAAGCAUCAUCGAAGAUGACGACUACCGACCUGCAACUGCAUCAAGUGCUGAAACCAGAGAGAGGAAGCUAGCCGAACUUAAAAAGCGAAAUGAUGAUAUCCUCAGGCAGAAACGGAACCUUCCUGGAAUGAUGCAGCCGAAUGAUAACAAAAGACCUGGCACACGUGGUGGAACUCGGCCUAAGUCAGGAAAACAGGGAGGAUAUAAGCAAAGUAUAUCAGAUACGCCUGGGGCAUCAGUUAAUGUAGCUUUCGAUCCAGACGCACCGAUAUCGCCCACCAACUUAAGUUUGGAUUCAGAAGAAUCUAUUCCUUCCCUGCCAACAAAGUUGACAGACACUGAACGAAAGCUUCGCGAUAAGGGGAUUCCCGCAAAGGUUGAAUCUUCAGAUGAGGAUGAUUUGGAAUCUUCUCCACUACCGUCUCCCACAGCACCAAGAGCAAGACUGGAUAGAUCUUCGCCGAGCGGCCAUAACGAUGCCACGCCAACCGGACCAUUAAACACAACAGAGGGAAAAGACCGAACUGUCCCUGGGUACAAUUUGGAAAUAGAUGAUCUUGACAGAUUUGCAUUCAUGCCCGCACCUCAAGGAACCACAAUUAAGUGCCGGAUAACAAGGGACAAGAAAGGUGUAGAUAGAAAUUUGUUUCCGACCUAUUUCUUACAUUUAGAGAAGGACGAUGGAAAGAAGAUAUUUCUGCUGGCUGGAAGAAAAAGAAAGAAGAGCAAGACUUCAAAUUAUUUGAUAUCAACUGAUCCUACAGACAUGUCGCGGGGUGGUGACAGCUUCACGGGAAAGCUAAGAUCAAACUAUGUUGGAACAAAAUUCACAUGCUUUGAUAACGGCAAAAACCCAAAGAAAGGCGGGAUAAUGAUGGAUGGAUCGAACAUAAGGGAAGAAUUGUGUGCCAUUCUUUACGAAACAAACGUCCUGGGUUUCAAAGGGCCACGGAAAAUGUCCGUGAUUAUUCCAGGCAUGGGGCUUGACCAUCAACGAGUGCCAGUAAGACCUAGAAAUGAACACGAGUCUCUGCUGGAACGGUACAGAACAGGCAAUAUGGAAAACCUUAUCGAAUUGCACAACAAAACCCCUGUUUGGAACGACGACACCCAGUCUUAUGUAUUGAACUUCCAUGGACGCGUUACCCAAGCCUCUGUAAAAAACUUCCAAGUUAUUCACGAAAAUGACCCUGACUACAUUGUAAUGCAGUUUGGUCGUGUGGCUGAUGACAUUUUCACAAUGGAUUUCAACUACCCACUUUGCGCCCUGCAAGCAUUCUCAAUUGCCCUGAGCAGCUUUGAUGGUAAACUGGCUUGUGAAUAGCCUCGGGUUAACUCUUAUUUCAUGAAAAAUUAUUAGGAUUUUAAUUUGAAACAGUUUGUUGACUGUUUUUAGCUGAUAUAAUACAAUUGGUAAUAAGACUGUUAAAUAUUAUCCUAGCUGUUCAUGCAGUAAUUUUGCCUAAAGGUAGUAGAUAAAUGUUUUCUGUUAUUAUCCUGGUUGUGUAAAUUGUUUUAAUCCCAAAUGCACUUAUAUUCAGUUACCUAGUAGAACUUAGCUCAUGGGAAUGUUAUGGAUCGCUAUGAACUUGCUGCAAUAGAAACUCAGUGUAACCAAGCCAUUUUAGUUACCUACUAAAAGAUGUACAGUUUCUAAUCUGUACACUAACGUGACGUAUACUAAGAAUAGUUUUAUCUUGUUCACGAAAACAUAAGACUCCUUAAUAGUGCAUUUUCAUAAAAGCCUUAUGAACUUAAAAGAUCUCAGUGAUGUUUAUUUUACUGUAUUAUCGCACGUUCCUAUCAUAGAAAUUCCAAAAAAGGGAAUACCAAGGACAUUUUUGAGACCAGUAGUAGUUUAGGUCCAUCUAAGAAAACAUCUUUGGUGGUGAGCAUAAGUCUCGUUAUUGAAUGUAAUAGGUACCUAUUGGCAGAAAUACUUCAUUCUUAGGGGCGGCGUUUGUAAUGAAUAGACUAUAUCUGCGAAUAAUUUUUCACUUUGAAUUUAGGGUUGUUAUAGGAUUAGCAAUAUUUGUUAGAGUCAAGGAAAAAGGCUGGAUGAAAGUCCAAGAGAUUACUUUUGUUGGCGCUUAUCAUGUAAGAGAAUUUGACGGUGUGGUUUUAGGAGUUACCUUUUCCAAUCAGCUAAGAGGGUGUAGGCUGUAUACAACGCAUAUUAUAACACUAUACCCGUAGGUUUUUUUAUAAUCUCUGGUACUUGUUUUUUUCCUGGUUUAAAGUCUGAUAAAGCAUUAGUGGUAUUUUACAAAACGUUUUACCUGUAGCCUGCUCCCCAGUCUAUAAACGCUGCCACAUUUAUAUCCUGUCCAGGCAGAGGGCUGGGUCCAGUUUAUGAAAAUAAUUUAUGUAAUGAAACAUUUGAAAUCUUGCGUGAUUAUUCCCCGCAGAAGUACGCACUGAAACCAAACAGGGCGUAGAUAAAAUGAUGUAUGAUGAGUUUAAAGGUUUCAGCUAAUUGCAUAAUUUGGAGGGUUGCAUAAAUUACCACCAAAUUCUGCUGGAGACUGCGGACAGGAUAUUUAUCAAUAUUGCACAGUCCAUAAAUGUGGUAGCAUUUGUGGACUGGCGCACAGGCUACCUGUAGAUGUUAUCUGCUUUAGAAAUAUCAAACUGUUCAAUCCCUCCCAGUCGCCCACAUUCCUUUAGGAAAUAAAGUUAACUUCAUUACUUGGGGCAUUACUUGCAAUUCGGGGAAAAUUAGGAACAAAAAUUGUGAUCGCCCUAAAUGGCUCGGUUCCCAUCUUUAUCUAGACCGUUUUCUUGAGAAGCGAUACAAAUCAAAACAUCUUCCAUAUCUUGAAAAAUUAAUGCAAAAAAACAACAUCGGUAUCAACUCAGCUCCUUGCAAUCAAGAACCAGCUAAGAAGUUAUUAUGUUUUUGUUUUAGAAAUAAAAAUGCUGUUCUACCAUCUAACAUUACGUUUUUGCAAAUUAAAGGCAAUCUGUCUCGUUGUGGAUUGGUUAAAGAGAACCGCCAUCUUUUUUACAAUGCGAUAAAUUGAAGGGAGACUGGAAACAAUAAAAGAUCGCUUUGUUCUUAUAAUCAAUCAACGUCGUGACAGAUUGCCUUUAAACCUCGGUCUCUUCCAGGGCCUCCGACGAAGGUAGGGGGGGGCCGGGGGGGCCCCCAACUUUUUUGCAAAACAAUAGAGUUUUUUUCUAAAUCUUUUGUUAUGGAUGCUAAAUUUUCCUUUGGCCCCCCCCCCCCCACUUUUCAACUUUUGUCGGAGCCAUGUCUUCCGGAUAAAAGCAACAACAAACUUCAACUACACCAUUCUCAUUUAUUAGAACCGCAAUCAAAAACCUCUUAGUGAGAACAGUAUCGACACACUAUUACGAUUAUGAGACAUUAGCAUAAUUAAGAAGGCCUAAAUUGGUAAUGUUUUUCCAUAUUUGUUUUUAAAGCUUUCUUUAACAAUGGUUUGUUUAUGCCGAUAACAUUGGUCAUAGAAAUACAAGUGGAUUUUGUUUUCUUUAA